UACAAUUCUUCUUGAUAUAUUCUUUAAACUAUUGUACGAUUAUUUUUAACUAACCAAUGAGGGAAAGAUAUUAAAUAAAUUAAAAAAAAAACUUAAUCCCAAUUAAAUAACAAAUGAGGGUAGACAUACAUUUCUUAUGCCGGAUCUCGUAAAACAAGAUGAUCAAGUAAUCCAAGGUAGAUUUCUCCACGAUAUAACAAGAGCCGUCCUCGGACGAUUUCGAAAGCAUGAAAUCUAUUUGUUUCUUUUACUCGUAACACAGAACAAUAAAGAGAAACAACAUUCUAAAUAAUUCACCCUCACAACUCAUUGUCAAUAAACGAUAUAAAGGUGUCAAUAUUGUCAUGUCGUGUAUGGCAACCAAUGGCAACUAUCAAACCUGUCUGAUUUUAUACCUAAUGGAUUUUAUAAUGACAACAAAUUUAUAGUUUUAAUAUUCCCAACAUCCGUUUAGAUAUUUAUCGAUGAAAAUUAUAGACGACAUAGCAUUGACCUAAUUUAGAAAUUACCUACCGUUCUAGUUGCCGGUCUCAACACUGGGUAAGACUAAUUUCAGUUUAUAAUUUCCGCAUCCAUUCUGUAGGCUUUUUGAAGGACGGCUUAUGCUGUGACGUCAUUUAAUACAGUGCCAGGAGGAGAUGCGCACCGCCUCGACGAUAUUCAGGAACUCAAAGUAGGUUAAAUUAAAGUAGGCUAUUGCACUGCCCCGAUGUAACCCGAUGUAUUUAGUUACCAGUCCGUAGCAGAACCGUGAUUGGAAUACACGCUUUCGUUUAGGUAAUCAUAUUUGAAAAAUGAUGGUAAAAUUUCACAAUUUUGUUUACAGCCAUUUGAAAUACUUCAAAAGUACAUGGCUGUAACGAUGGAACUAGAAGAGAGCGUUUCAGACUCCAAGCUCCAUAAAGAAAGUGUGGCAAAGAAAGAAUUGAGGCCGACUAGUGCAGUAUCCUUAUCCAAAUCUGAACAUGGCACAGCCGAUACAACUUCAAUAGAACAGUUAAGACAAUACAGGAGCUGGGUAAGUAACGAAAGAUGGAAUGAACUGAAAAAGAUUGCAGACACGGCGAUGAGGGAACGUAAAGUUUUCAUGAUAAAGGGCGGAGGGUUCCCAGCCGUGCGUCGCGCACUGUUAGAAAGAGGUUGGAUCGAAAAAUAUGAGUCACACAAGGUCAGACACCCUCCUGCAAUUGUAGAUCCAAAAAGAGUUUCAGGAAAGGAGCUUUCGAAAGUUGAACGAAUGAUCCUCUACAAGUUUAUGGAACAUCACGCGGUUGAUUUUCUUUGGACAACUAAAAGAGAUAAAUAUGAUUGGCUGCUUAGCAAUAAAGAAGUUGUUAUAAGCAGAUUUUGCAGGUCCGUAUUUACUACUAAGGAAGGGUUGACAACUUCCCUAAUUCAAAUGCAUUGGCACACUGAGCCGGGAGUAGCGUUAACAAAAUUUCCGAGGUGCUAUAACAUUUAUAAUUCUGAUAGUCUGGAAGAGUUCAUCGACGAUUUUAGAGUAACUGCCUGUAUAAGUAUACUGAAAUGGUUAUCGAAUACACUAAAAGUAAAAGAGGAACAUGAACUCGUGAGUGUACAAGGAAAAGUACCGUUCACAGCUAUCGAAUUUGCCUUAAGUAGAUUAAACGAAUACAUUUCCUUCUUUACACAUAAAGACAUCGAUGACACUGAAGACCAAACUGUACAUAUAUGGGAACAUGAAUGGGACCAAUUUUUAACUCAUCAUUAUCUCCUGGUACAUGAAAACGCCAAGUUUUUGGAAGAUAAAAGCAUUAAUCUAAGAAAUUUGGAACGAAAAGCAGCAAAAGCAUUGGGAACAAUGACGAAGUUUUGGCCACAGAUUGAUAUUGACGGUGUUUUCAAUAUCUGGAUAGUAAAACCCGGAAAUAAGUGCCGCGGCAGAGGAAUACAACUUAUGAAUAAUAUAAAAGACAUUAUAGGCCUAAUUAACGUUCCGGCACAAAAAACUAGAUACGUGGUACAAAAAUAUAUUGAAAACCCGUUAGUUAUUUACGACACCAAGUUUGAUAUACGACAGUGGUUUUUAAUAACGAAUUCCCAACCACUAACGAUAUGGGUGUACAAAGACAGCUAUUUGCGGUUCAGCUCUCAAAUAUUCAGCUUAUCCAAUUACCACGAAUCUGUGCAUCUUACAAACAACGCUGUGCAAACUAAAUACAAGAAUAAUGGCGAACGAGAUAAAGCAUUGCCGGACGAAAAUAUGUGGGAUUGUCACACAUUCAAAGCAUAUCUUAGACAGAUAGGGAAGUAUGAAUUGUGGGACACCAAAAUUUAUCCUGGGAUCAAGCAGUGUUUAGUAGGAGCCAUGUUAGCGUGUCAGGAAACUAUGGACAAAAGACAUAACAGCUUUGAACUAUACGGAGCUGACUUUAUGUUAACUGAUGAUUUUACACCAUGGCUCAUCGAGAUCAAUUCUAGUCCAGAUUUGGCACCGACCACAUCUGUUACUGCAAGAUUAUGUCCACAAUGCUUAGAAGAUGUGAUAAAAGUUGUUCUAGACAGACGAUUUAAUCCUGAAGCUGACACGGGAACUUUCGAAUUGGCCUACAGACAGUUUAUUCCGAAAGCCCCGGCAUAUCUUGGAUUAUCAUUAUGCAUCAACGGCAAAAGGCUUAUCAAGAAGACGAAGGAACGUAAACAUGAACCAAGAAGCGUUACACCACUCGGACCUCCUGUUCCAUCCGGAGAUUCUAAUCCUGACCCAGACCAACCAGUUCCACAUGAAUAUAACGGGCCAAUUAUCACAGAUUUUCUGUCUUGGUUAAACCCUUAUGAUUCACUGCCGAUGAACAAAGACAAUCUAGUUAUAGGACCCAAGGAAUCACUUACGGUACGCCAAGCCGUUGCAGUGGUUAAAUCUGGUCAAUCCCUAAAAGGUAGUAACAAAAAGCGUAAAACAUCUGCGCUCUCUUCUAGGACACUGCGAGGACGGCGCGAAAGAAACGCAGAAUCUAAGCGUCGAAUCGUGCCUCACUCCUGUUGUCGUCCAGAAGAUAGUCAGUCCUUCAAUCAUGUUGGCAAAUACCGAACAGAAUCAGCAAGUAAAGCGGAAAAAAGUAGACCGAAGAUAGAUAGGUCGGUAGGUAAUAAACGAUGUUACAUUGAUCCAGUUGAAUGGGAACGAGAAACAGCCAGUAUCCUCCGGUCCACGAUAUCUGUUCAGAAUAAAAUGUCAGCGAGAAACGAACCAGUAGUUACCAACGUACGGCAAACUAAAUCUGGCGUUGUCAAUUCUAAUCAUAAACCGGCUUUAGAACCGUUGAGCUCUCGCAGUUAUGACGACAGUGCAAAUACUAUUAAAAAAUUAAGUGCUAUCGGCAAAAGUAUAUUGUAUUGUAAGCUAAACGAUGAAAAUAGAGCUAAGAAAUCAAUUAGGUUUUCAAAUAGUUGUACAUCAAUAACACCGUACCGCAUUUCGAUUACUCCUUUAAACGAUAUUUCUCAAAAUGUAUAUUUAAAAAAACAAAAAUAAACAUAAUUUUUCAUUCCUUAAAUGACAGAUAAUUUCGUGGUUCUAAAGUAGGUACUUUAAACGUGUUCAAAACUAUUUUUGUUAAGAAAGUUAAGACUUAUAUUAAUGAAGUGUUCUUCUUGUUUAUUAGAUAUUGUUAGAUAUCAGAUAUAUUUACUAAUCACAAUGUUGGCGCCUUUAAAUUCUAUAAAUAAAAUGUUUUUUUUUUAUAAUAAUAAUAAUAAUAAUAAUAAUACUUUUAUUUCAAACUUCAAUAGGCUCAUAGUUAUGUUAGUAAAAAUACAAUGUGUUAGUAACUUAUAAACUACUUAAGUAUAGUAAUAUAACUUAUUCUAUUUCUAGUACUCGUAAUAUGUGUGUCACUGCCGCUCCAAUCCAUUUGACAUGGAACAGCAGUAAUUCACAUAUUUACAGUCCAACCUGCUCGCAAUCAUUGCUAGAAUGCUGUUGGUGCCGCCCCGCACCCUGCGCACCAAGGAUCCACAACGUUUGCGCAUUGUGGCGUAAAAACAGUCAACACGCGCAUCCGCGAACAUCCCCGAUGCGCUACAAAAGCGGGGCAACCCCAUCAGCACCCUGAAUGCGUUGUUAUAUUGUACACGGAGAGCGUUAUAAGAUUUUUGAGAGUAUUUGGCCCACAGGCUGCACGUGUAGAAACUAGUGCAGUAUGCUCUGAACAACGUAAUUUUAACGGCAUAUGAACACCGCGCAAACCUGCGAGCCAGCAUAUUUGCUCUUACUGAUAACGCUCUCCGUUCUCUCUCGAUGUCAGUGUCGUCUCUAAGGUCAGGGGUCAACAUGUGUCCGAGGUACUUGACUUUAUUCACUCUCUCUAAUGCUACGCGAUUCAGCGAGAUAGGUGGAAGGGUUAGAUUUUUAGAUGUUUUACCCUCUGCCUCAAAGACCAUCACUACACUCUUUUUAGUGUUAUAGGCAAGACCAUGUUUCUCCACAUAAGCCUCACAUACAGCUAUGAGCUUCCUGAGACCACAGAUUGACGCACUCAACAGCACCAUAUCAUCGGCGUAACUUAUGUUAUUUAAAGACACUCCAUCUAUGUAGCAGCCGGUUCUGGUGCUGCUGAGCUCGCCUAGCAAGUCAUCCACGUACAGGUUGAAUAGCGUAGGUGAGCUUAACCCCCCCUGCCUCACUCCGCACUCCAACCCAUACGAGUCUGACAAUGCGCCUGCCCACCGGACAUUAUUGACCUGGUUUCUAUACCAAUAUUUAAAAAUGUUGGUGAGUUCUGGUGGUAGUUUUGCUUCCUCCAUCUUUCGCCAUAGGAUGUCAUAAGAAACCAGGUCAAAUGCUUUAGACAAGUCCAGAAAACAGGCGUAAAUCUGAGUCUUCCUCUUGGCAUAGUAUGUGACAGCAUGCUUCAGCCCCAAAACAGCACUCUCAGUAGACAAACCAAGUCGGAAACCAAAUUGGUUGUCGUGUGGUCUAAAGAAAUUAUUUAAGUGAGAGUUAAGCAUGCUGUCAAAUACCUUCGCGAUGACAGUAGCCAAUGAGAUGGGCCUAUAGUUGGUUUUAUCGGAUAAGUCCCCGGUUUUGUUUUUCACUAUAGGCACAACUAUAGUACGCAUCAUCUCACUGGGCAUGUAGCUGUGGCUAAUACAAAUGUUGUACAACAUGGCCAAGACCCUCGGUAGAUGUGGCCCAGCAUGUUGUAGAUGCUCGAUGCUAAGACCAUCAUGGCCCGGGGAUUUACCUCUGGUCAUAUGCUUGAUAGUGCUUUCAAUUUCUUUAUACUUGAAUUGUA